AUGUCUGUCUAUAAACUCACCAGCAGUGAACCGUCAUGUUUGGUUUCUUCUUCCAGGUGGAAAACCUCCCAAAACAGGUGCUGGUUAUGGUGGAUUUGGACAGGGAGCUGGAGGUGUAGGGGAGGAGGUGGUGUCAGUCCAGGAGGCUUUGGAACUCGUCCUGGUGGAGUCGGACCUGGUGGAGUCGGACCUGGUGGAGUUGGUCCUGGUGGAGUCGGACUAGGUGUUUAUGGAGGAUAUGGCGGUGGUUAUGGACCCAAACCCCCCAAAACAGGUGGUGCGGGAACAUCUCUUGGAGGAACGGGUUAUGGGCCUGGAGGAACUGGAUUUAGACCUGGGGGUGCAGGAUUUGGCCCUAGUGGUGCAGGAGUUGGACCUGGGGGUGCAGGAUUUGGGCCAAGUGGUGCAGGAGUUGGACCUGGGGGUGCAGGAUUUGGGCCAAGUGGUGCAGGAGUUGGACCUGGGGGUGCAGGAUUUGGGCCAAGUGGUGCAGGAGUUGGACCUGGGGGUGCAGGAGUGGGACCUGGGGGUGCAGGAGUUGGACCUGGAGGUGCAGGAUUUGGGCCAAGUGGUGCAGGAGUUGGACCUGGUGGUACAGGAGUGGGACCUGGUGGUGCAGGAGUUGGACCUGUUGGUGCAGGAGUUGGACCUGGUGGAACUCUUCCAGGCGGAGUUCCGAUAUUACCUCAGACUGGUGCAGGAGCUGGAGGAAAAAGUGGUGCUAAAGCAUACAAGCAAGUUCCAGGCAUCGGCGUACCUGGACUUUAUCAGGGUGGAUUUGUACCAGGUCAAGGUUUUGGAGGCCGAGGGGUUCUCCCUGGAGUAGUCACUGGAUCUGGAAUUGGGCCUCAAACUGGGACUGGAGUACUUGGCCAAGGCGGGGUAGGACAAGGAAGCAAUGGUCGAGGACAAACAUUAUCUGGAGUUUUUCAUGGUUACCCUCUAAUAUCACCAAAAUCAGGGACAGGAAAAUCAAAGAAACCAGGCAAAGCUGCAGCCAAAUAUGGUGGUGCUGGAGCUGGAGGAGGCCAUCUUGGUCAGGGAGGCGCCUUAGGCACUGGAGGACUUCCUGGAGGUGGCAUAGGUGUCGUCCCUGGAGCAGGAAGUGGAACUGGAACAGGAGUCAGACCAGGCGGAGUCGGACCGGGCGGAGUCGGACCGGGCGGAGUCGGACCGGGCGGAUUCGUGCCAGGCGGAGUCGGACCGGGCGGAGUCGUACCAGGCGGAGUCGGACCGGGCGGAGUCGGACCAGGCGGAGUCGUGCCAGGCGGAGUCGGACCAGGCGGAGUUGUGCCAGGCGGAGUCGGACCAGGCGGAGUUGUGCCAGGCGGAGUCGGACCAGGCGGAGUUGUGCCAGGCGGAGUCGGACCAGGCGGAGUUGUGCCAGGCGGAGUCGGACCAGGCGGCGUUGUGCCAGGCGGAAUUGGACCAGGCGGCGUUGUGCCAGGCGGAGUUGGAACAGGUUAUGGUCCCGGCUCAGCAAAAGCACGCAAAUAUGGUCCUGGAACUGGAGUUGGUCCCAGCACAGCAGGGGGCGGUCUAGGAGGAGGACUUGGCCAGGGUACAGGGUUGGGGCCUGGAUCGGGGCUUGGUAUUGGCCCUGGAGGAGUUGGACCAGGUGGAGUCAGACCAGGUGGUGCUGGGACUGGUUAUGGACCAGGAGGAGUAGGACCUGGUGGUGCUGGGACUGGAUAUGGACCAGGAGGAGUUGGACCAGGUGGUGCUGGGACUGGAUAUGGACCAGGAGGAGUUGGACCAGGUGGUGCUGGGACUGGAUAUGGACCAGGAGGAGUUGGACCUGGUGGUGCUGGGACUGGAUAUGGACCAGGAGGAGUUGUACCUGGUGGUGCUGGGACUGGAUAUGGACCAGGAGGAGUUGGACCUGGUGGUGCUGGGACUGGAUAUGGACCAGGAGGAGUUGUACCUGGUGGUGCUGGGACUGGAUAUGGACCAGGAGGAGUUGUACCUGGUGGUGCUGGAACUGGAUAUGGACCUGGCAGAAUUGGCACUGGAACAGGAACUGGGGGAUACGAUGCCAGUGCCAAAGCUCGUAAAUAUGGCAUGCUAAGUGGAGCACUUGGAGGACCAGGGUUAGGACCAGCUGGACUUGGGCCAGGAGGAGUUGUACCUGGUGGUGCUGGGACUGGAUAUGGGCCAGCAGGAGUUGGGCCUGGUGGAGUUGGACCUGGUGGAGUUGGACCUGGAGGAGUUGGACCUGGAGGAGUUGGACCAGGUGGUGUCAGACCAGGUGGUGCUGGGACUGGUUAUGGACCAGGAGGAGUUGGACCUGGUGGUGCUGGGACUGGAUAUGGACCAGGAGGAGUUGGACCUGGUGGUGCUGGGACUGGAUAUGGACCAGGAGGAGUUGGACCUGGUGGUGCUGGGACUGGAUAUGGACCAGGAGGAGUUGUACCUGGUGGUGCUGGGACUGGAUAUGGACCAGGAGGAGUUGUACCUGGUGGUGCUGGGACUGGAUAUGGACCAGGAGGAGUUGUACCUGGUGGUGCUGGGACUGGAUAUGGACCAGGAGGAGUUGUACCUGGUGGUGCUGGGACUGGAUAUGGACCUGGCAGAAUUGGCACUGGAACAGGAACUGGGGGAUACGAUGCCAGUGCCAAAGCUCGUAAAUAUGGCAUGCUAAGUGGAGCACUUGGAGGACCAGGGUUAGGACCAGCUGGACUUGGGCCAGGAGGAGUUGUACCUGGUGGUGCUGGGACUGGAUAUGGGCCAGCAGGAGUUGGGCCUGGUGGAAUUAGACCUGGUGGAGUUGGACCUGGUGGUGCCGGGACUGGAUAUGGACCUGGUGGCGUUGUCCCUGGUGGAGCUGGUACAGGCUAUGGACCUGGUGGCGUUGUCCCCGGUGGAGCUGGUACAGGGUAUGGACCUGGUGGCAUUGUCCCCGGUGGAGCUGGUACAGGGUAUGGACCUGGUGGCAUUGUCCCUGGUGGAGCUGGUACAGGCUAUGGACCUGGUGGCGUUGUCCCUGGUGGAGCUGGUACAGGCUAUGGACCUGGUGGCAUUGUCCCUGGUGGAGCUGGUACAGGCUAUGGACCUGGUGGCGUUGUCCCUGGUGGAGCUGGUACAGGCUAUGGACCUGGUGGCGUUGUCCCUGGUGGAGCUGGUGGCGUUGUCCCUGGUGGAGCUGGUACAGGCUAUGGGACCGGAGGAUAUGCAGGAGGAAAAGCAAAUAAAUAUGGACUUCCUGGAGGUGUGGGAGGUGCCCUGGGAGCAGGAGGACUAGGGGUUGGAACUGGGCCAGGGUCUGGACUUGGAGUUGGUGGAGGGCUUCCUGGACGAGGUGGGGUGGCAACUGGUGGUGGGCCUGGAUCAGGACUCGGGACAGGAGGGACACCUGGUUCUGGCAUUGGAACAGGAGGUUUAGCAGGAGGCUUUGGACCAGGUGGUGCCGGAGGAUAUCCUGGUGGUGCAAAGUCUCUCAAAUAUGGGCUUCCUGGUGGGGGAGGAUCUCCUGGAUCUGGAUUUGGGGGUCCAGGAACUGGAGCAGCUCUUGGUGUUGGCAGAGGAUAUGGACCUGGAAGUGGCUCGGUAGCUGGAACUGGUUAUGUGCCCGGAGGAGGUUAUGGUGUAGGCCCGGGAGCUGGAUAUGGGACAGGUUAUGGGCCUGGUUCUAAACCUUCUAAAUACGGUCAAGUUGGAACAGGUGGUGACGGAGCACUUGGAGGGGGAGCCGGAAGAGGGGGCUAUGGACCUGGAUCUGGAGGUCAAGGCCAGACAGGCGCUGUUGUACCUGGGACAGGAGCAGGAACCGGUGCUGAUGUAAAUGGAACCGUCAGUGGUGCAAGACCAACACCUCAACCUGGUGGAAGAAGACCUGGAUCUCCAGAUGGUACAUCAACACCAGCAGGAGAAGGUGAUGGUGGUGCUAGCACUACGUUAGAGGGCUCUGGGAUUCCUGGAGGAGAUGGACAGACUGGUGUAGGUGGAAGACCACUGGGAGGCGAGGGAGAUAGUGCAAAUGGAACCAGUAUCCCCAUCAUUGGAGCAGCACCAGCUGGUGGUUCACCUGUACAAACAGAUGGAGGAACAGGAGUUGGCGGAACAGGAGUUCCCCCUAGAGGUUCUGGAGGUGAUCUCUCCGGGGGAGGACUCCAACAAGUCAGUCCUCUCAAACCUCCAGGUGUUCCUAGAGGCGACACACCAGGUGAGGGAGAUGGGGAAGGAGGUCCUGAUGGAGAAAGAGAUGGAAAGCCCGGAAGCCCAACCGGCGCUGGGGGAACCGGAGACGUUUCUGGAACACAAGCAGGAGUGAGAAGAGGCGACAGUCCAGCCACUGGAAGUGAAAUUGGACCAGCAGGAACAGCGAAACCACCUCAAGGUGUUGGACCAGGUGGAGUCGGUGGGGUGGCAGGAGUUGGGACGGUACCCGGAGCUGGUAGGAUAGCAACAGAAGUCGUAAAGCCUGGAAAAAGCUACGGUGCAGGUGGAGUUUUACCAGGUGGAGGUCCACGGUACCCUGGUGCUGGUUCUGGCGGCUAUGGUACUGGUACAGGAGGUUUUGGUGUAGGUCCAGGUGGAUAUGGUACUGGGUCUGGUGGAUUUGGGAGACCCAUUGGCGGUUCUGGCAGUGUUGGGACUCCUGGGGUUGGAACGGGCCCAGGAGGUGUAGCACCAGGCUCAGGUAGCGUCAGCGUUGGGCCGGGUGGAUAUGGUGGUGGUAUCGGACCUGAUGGUUCUAGAUAUGGCACCGGUUCUGGAGCUGGGAAACCCCCAAAAAGUUAUGGAGCUGGAGCGGGCCUUGGUCCAGGUGGCUUGGUGCCUGGUGGUGGUUACGGACCAAGCGGUACUGUUCAAGCUGGACUUGGUCCUGGCUCUGCUGGCACAGGACUGGGAGGUGUUGGAACUAGACCAGGUACCUUUGGUGGUGUUGGUACUGGUGGAGUAGGGCCUAUUCCUGGAGUUUAUACUGGAGGUCAAGGAUUGGGAGCAAGAAAACCGUCAAAAACAGGCUAUGGAACAUCACUGGGUGGAGCUGGAUAUGGACAGGGUGCAGCAGUUGGAGCUGGUGGAGCAGGAACUGGACCUAGCAGAUAUGGACCUGGUUCUUUUGGGACUGGAGGAGUUGCACCUGGUGGAGCUGGUGCUGGUACUGGAGGCUUUGGACCAGCUGGUGCUGGACGUGGAGGCUUUGGGCCAGCUGGUGCUGGAACUGGAGGCUUUGGACCAGCUGGUGCUGGAACUGGAGGCUUUGGACCAGCUGGUGCUGGAACUGGAGGCUUUGGACCAGCUGGUGCUGGGACUGGAGGCUUUGGACCAGCUGGUGCUGGGACUGGAGGCUUUGGACCAGCUGGUGCUGGGACUGGAGGCUUUGGACCAGCUGGUGCUGGGACUGGAGGCUUUGGACCAGCUGGUGCUGGGAUUGCAACUGGUUUUGGACCUGCUGGUCAAGGACCAGGAAAAAGGAAACCUAAAUCUGGUUAUGGAGGAACUGGUUAUGGACCAGGAGGUUCAGGAGGAGCCGGCCUUGGUGGUACUGGAGCAAGACCUGGAGGAUACGGCCCAGUUGGCACUGGGGGUGCCAGAUCUACUGGUUUUGGUACUGGAGGAACUGGAGGAGGAAGCUUUGGUACUGGAGGGACUGGAGGAGGAAGCAGCUUUGGACCUGGUGGCAAAGCACUUGGAUCAAGAAAGUCUGGAUAUGGUUCAACUUUGGGUGCAACUGGAUAUGGACAAGGUACUGCAGCUGGAGGUGCAGGAGGCGCUGGAGGAGGUCAAACAGUUGGAGGAGUAGGCGGUCUACCAGGAGGGGGCGCUGUGCCUGGAUAUGGCGGAGUGGCAGGAGGAGGUUAUCCAGGAUAUGCAGGGACAGGACAAAAAUCCAAAGCACAGAAGGCAGCCAAAUAUGCAGCCAUGCAGGGUUUCCUUGGAACUGGAGGCUACAGAGGUGGAGGCUGUCAGGGUAACUACUGUGGCCGAAGGAGGAAGUGAGAGACCGACAGACAGGAAGUGACCUCAUUGAAACAACAGUGGUGCUAUAGCAUGAUUACAGCUUGUAAAAGUCUUAGCUGAUUUAGAAACUAAGGCCUUAACAUGUUUGAAAAGCUACAAUCUAUAAAUUUCUCUAAAUAUUUCUUAAAAUCAGCCUUCUGUUGUAGACUAGUUUAAUUUAACAAUGUAUUUACAUUAGUUUUCUACAAGAAAAGAACAGAAAUUGGAGGAAACUAUUUAUUAUGAAGUCUGUCUAGGCUGAGAAUCCAAAACAACGAGUCACAUUUUAUGGCCAAGCUGUUUAAUAUAAUGUUUUGUUCAUAGAUGCUUUGUUAGAUAUGAACUGCAAUAUUGUUUAUUGUAAUUGUUUUGGGCAGAUCCCUCAGCUCUGUCUGCAUGCUGACGCACUGUUAAAAGAUACUAUUCAAUAAAAUUGCCUUAAUACACUAACACUGAAUUUAUCUUUAGUUUCACAUUUGUCAAAGCCGUUUUUAACCCAAACAUUUUAGACGGAUUUAUAAGCUUUCAGUAGAUAAAACACAGACAUUUUUGUUUUUGUGGAAGGAAGAAUAACAGCUUUAAUGUUCUUCCUAUAUAUCUCUGAAAAGAUUUUGUUCGUGUCACUGUACUCACAUCUCAGGACCUGCAGAUUUUAACACUUCUUACAAAGUAACAAAGAAUUUUUAAUGUAAAAUUCUAGUUAAUGUGCAGUAAGGAUGUUGUAUUGUUACAGAAAGUCACAAUGUGACUUUGUGUCAGAUUUUUUAUGUGACAUUGAUAAAAUCUAACCAAAUAUGAAUUAUGAGAAAAAAGGACAACUUUUAACUACUUUUCAUUCUUGUCUUGUAACACUGUUGAAAAGAAAUGAGCUCACACUAACUAGUAUCUUUAAUUUAUGCAUAUAAAUGUAUUUGGACACCUCUUUUAUUUGCCUACAUCUUGUAAGUGGGCGUUAUGAAAAGGUCUAACACCUUCAUAAAUAGAUGAUGUGUUUUCUACAUUGUCCCUAGGAACCUAGAUCAUUUUAAAAUCUUAAUGUAAAUGAGCUCGUCUUUCUAUCCUGUAGCUCUACAUGUGCUUAACAUUUGUUUUGUUUGUUUUGCCUAUGAAGAAAAUUAUGAGCUUUUGUACAUUGUUUCCUGAAGUAAAGAGAAGAACAAUAAAAUCUAGUUCUAACA